AUGCCAUCGCCUGAUGUGUCUGAAGUCAGAAAUCCAAUUGACUUGGAGAAGUUAGAGAAAUUCUUCAUGGAUCCGAAGUCAUAUGAAAAUGUCACCUUUGGUACUAGUUAUAGAAAGUUCCAGGCACCAUUUGCUAUUAAGCAAUUUACCUUUGGCCAGUCUAAUCCAACUUACUACCUCACUGAUGCAGCUGGGAAGUCUUUUGUGUUAAGAAGAAAGCCGCUGCCGAACAAUAAGCUUGUAUCAAGGUCUGCUCAUGCCAUCGAGAGGGAGUUUUUUGUUCUUAAUUCUAUUAGCAUCUCAAACAAAGAGUCUGAAAGAACAGUACCUGUUCCGGAUCUUUAUCUUCUUUGUGAAAAUGAGUCAGUUAUCGGAUAUGUGUUUUAUGUUAUGGAGUUUAUUGACGGAAGACAAAUUAAGAACCCUAGUAUGCCUGGAUGCUCUGAAGCCGAGAAAAAAAUGCUUUGGCAGUCUAUCAUAGAAACCAUUGCGGCUAUCCAUGCAAUAGAUCCAAAAGUCUUAUUAGAUAAUUUGCCACUUUUUCAUUUUCCACAAUUUGCACCAGAAAAAAUUGAAAAAUUGAGAUCGUCUUCGUACUUUAAACGUCAAGUGAAGACGUUGAGCGGUGUAGAAACUCAACAAUCCCGCGUUGUUCCAGCUAUUCCUCAUUUCAGUGACAUAUGUGAAUGGCUUUUAUCAACAGCUCCAAGAGAUCCAUCCAAAUUAAGCUUGAUUCAUGGUGACUGUAAAAUUGAUAAUUUCUUAUUCCAUCCUACAGAACCGAAAGUAAUAGCAGUAUUGGACUGGGAGUUGUGUACAUUUGGGCACCCCUUGUUUGAUUUGUCUAACUUUCUUCAGCCGUUCUGCUUGCCUAAUAAGUUAAAUCUUUUACUAUUUAAACCGCAAAAGACUGACAUGGGUAGAGAGAACAAAAAUUCUAAAGAAUUGGUGUAUGAUAAGUUACAUCUCUACGAAGAAAAAUUAGGAUACCCAUGGGAUGCCGCUGAUAAAUUAAACAACCCCGUCGAUUUGUGGUUGGUUGGGUGCGUUUUUGGUCUUUUGAGAUUGUGUGUAAUUAGUCAAGGUAUUGCGAUGAGAGUAAAGAAAGGUAAUGCUAGUUCUGGGGAAGCUAGUGGAUAUGCUGCUUUAUAUCCUUAUUUGUCUAGCAUAGCUGUAGAAUUUAUUCAAGAGUUUAAGGAUAAUAAACCGUCCAGUAAAUAUUAA